UAUAUGUAUGUAGUACAAGUAUACGUAUGUAGUAGAGCUGCAGAUAUGUAUGUAUCUAUCGGUGUGUAUGUGUAGUGUGUACGAUUCGCAGCAGGAGACGUACGUGAAAGAGCGAUUUGUUUUUGUUGUGCUGGGUACCGCAGUUGGUUUCGUUUCCAUGACGAGGUCAAAUAAACGUUUAUCGCUUUUAUGAAGAGCGUUUACUCGAGAAUGCCGCAAGCGAUGGCAGAAACUGCGAUUUCGCCGAAAAGUCAAUGUUCGAGAGACAUCUCGAUCUACAAGGAACAGUCCUGCCGGUUUUCCGUGGAAAAGAGGCUGGCACGAUGCGUUCGACGUAAAUUUCAAACAUAUUCCCAGCUUCCUGUACGAUGUCACAGACCCAGCCCCUAUUAUCGUCCUCCGAGGACCUCCCUCAGCUUGGCUGGACUCGGGAAUAUUAAUUAUACAGCUUCCAUAAACACUGGGAAAAGUUGUCCAGAGAAUGGCUCGAUGUUUCACGUGAUCGGCACGCCUCCCUGCAAGAAGAGUUUAUCCUUGAUCGAUCUCUCGCAGUCGGCAAUGGAGCCGGAAAACCUCGGUGACCUUAGAUCUGACAUUAGUUUAUCGUUGGAGAAGCUCGAGGAUGGCAACAAAGUUUACGCGGGAAACGACUCCCCGAUUGGCGUGGGUGUCAAGACCUGGAUAGAGAGUUGCGCGAGUCCGUCGUGGGAGUCCGAAGAGGGGGGCUCCCAGUUAUUUCAAAAUCCAAGAAAAGCAGCAAAUCUGGUGUUCCACGUGCUCGUGUUGAACGCCUGGAGACGCAGACGCGAGGAAGUGGUCUUCCUUCGCGACACGAUCGACGAUCUAAGCAAGCAGAUCAAACACCUCCAUCUGCAGGUCGUCGUGCUGCGUCGGUUGAUCGACACGGAGAACAAUCGUGUCGGUAAACUGACUCACGAGGUUCACCAUGUUAAGGGCCAACUGGAAGACACCAAGAAGGAAAGGGACUUGUUGAAAUUGGAAAAGGACAAACUAACGGAGGAGCGAGAUCACCUGAGCGAGAUCUCUGAAGAAAGACUAGUCACAGCGGGAAACGUGCGCAACGAGCUGAUAACUGCUCAAAGUCAGGUCCAGGCACUCGACGAGCAAAUCUCGAGGGAUCGAAAGAAGCUACUCAAGCUACGAGAAGAUAAAAGAAUACUUCUAGACAAGUUGACAGCCAGCGAGGUUUUAGCCAAAGAACAGGAGACGAGAGCUGACAAAGCAGACUCUGCUGUGGAGGAUUUGCAGUUGAGGCUCGCCAAGCAGAUUACUCUUGUCGAGACCACGCAGCAACAGCUGCAACAAUAUAUCGAAGAGCUGAAAGUCAAAGAAGGGGAGAAAUCCACAUUGGAGAAACGCUUGAGGUUUACCGAGGAAACGGGAAAGUCCCUACAUUUGCGCACAGUCUUCCUGGAAGCGCAGCUCUCUGACCGUGAAGCAACCUUGCGGCGUACAGAGGAAGCUUGUCGUUCGCAGUUACAGGAAUUGAACGAGCUAAGAGAUCGUUUCAUACGGCAAUCUCAAGAUAGCUGGUGGAGCAGUAGGAUGUUGCAGAUCGCUGGGAGCGUCGUUCGCGUGCCUGGGGCCAUUCUGAGGACUUUGUUGUCGACUACGGGCCCAGCACUAACUUCUUAAAAUGCACUGUUGCAAUACAACUGCGCGCCAGGUGUUGAAGUUAUCUUUGAAACGAAGAGUCUUUGUUAUCGUUUGAGAAGUGGAACUUCGAGGUCGAUGACGAUGGUUGCAUCGAGGAUGCAAGACACGAGUCAAGGAGUUGGUCUCGCGUGAUUGUGAGCAGUAACGUCCUAGAGGACUGGACAGUUUCGAGACAUUCGUAAAUUUACAGGCAUUCUAUAACCUCCAAAUUAUAAUCCCUUUUAUUUUUAUAUAUUUUUUUUUACUCCAUAUACUUGUUAAUACGUGAGAUUUUGUGAUAAGCAUAUAGUAGUCGGAAAAACUAGACAAAAGAGUAUUUAACGAUACACCGUGUAUAACGAUGAAACACUGAAACUAUCUAACACGAUUUCCCUGGGGAUGGAUGAAAUAAAUAUAGAUAUCGUUUGCAUUUUUUAAUCUAUAUUUUACACUUUUUUGUCGCGUAACAUGAUAAACUGACAAAAAUAAGGUACCGUUAGCAUUCCUAUGAUAAUAAUCCAAUCACCGAGAGUGAUUCGUUAACGUUAUAAAGCGAAUAACAAAUACAUUUGCAUAAUCGAUAGAUAUGUGUAUAUAUAUAUA